AUGGCUCCAGUAGAGGUGCACAGCACGGAGCACUCCGCUCACGAGGCUCCCCUCCCCCCGGACACCCGGGCUCCGACUCUGACGAGCGUGAUCGCCAAACACGCGGGGGAGCGCGAGGCGACCGACUUCUUGGCGUCGGCGAAGGCGGUCAUGCCCCCCGGCGGCAAGGUGCCGGAAGUGUUCACUCACAGCCCGGAGGUCGUAGGCGAGAAGGAGGUGCAGACGGGCAUCGAAGCUCUGGACGUCGCCGAGCAGUUCCAUUGCCGCCUGGCAUGUACCUGUUGUUCACGUUCACUUUGGGCGAUGAUUACAGGAAACCGGUGGUUCAGAUGGGAUAGGGCAGGGAAAUUUUGGCUAGUAUUCAGGAGCUUCAGCGGCAGCUGUGGGAGCACAAGAACAAGGAGGACCAGAGAGAUGAAAACGGGACGAAGCAGGGGCGCGAGGUCGGAGCUGGACUACGAGGAGAGCGGCGCGGAGCAGAGCCGAGAGAAGAGCAGGGUGGUCGUGGUCUCCAACCGGCUCCCGAUCAGCGCGCAGCGCAACCUGGAGACCGGAAAGUGGACGUUCAAGAUGUCGAGCGGGGGGCUUGUGACGGCCCUCCAGGGCGUGCGGCACGAGAUGGACUUCAUGUGGAUCGGUUGGAUGGGCGUGGAGGUGGAGGAGGCGGAAAGGGAUGGGGAUCACGUGUGGGUGCACGACUACCAGCUGAUGCAGGUGCCGUACGAGCUGCGCAAGCUGCACCCCAACUGCCGGGUGGCCUGGUUCCUCCACACGCCCUUCCCCUCCUCGGAGAUCUACCGCAUCCUGCCCGUCAGGAAGCAGCUGCUGCAGGGGCUGCUUGCCGCGGACUUGGUCGGAUUCCACACGUACGAUUACGCGAGACACUUCCUGUCUGCAUGCAGGUUGAGUGCUCCCCAAGAGGCAUCUGAGCUGAACAACCGCUUCAUGUCCCUGGGGGUGUACCCGAUCGGGAUAGACCCGGACCAUGUCGCCAAGACACUGAGGAAGCCCUGGGUGCAGAACCGCAUCAAGGAGCUGAGCGAGACGUUCGCUGGGCGAAAAAUCUUGCUAGGAGUGGACAGGCUGGACUACAUCAAGGGGAUGCCGCACAAGCUCUUGGGCCUGGAGCUGUUCCUCAACCGGUAUCCGGACUGGCGGGGAAAGGUCACGCUCAUUCAGGUGGGGGUGCCGUCUCGAACGGAGGUGGCCGAGUACCGCGAUCUGGGGUCCCAGGUCAACGAGCUGGUCGGGCGCAUCAACGGCAACUACGGCACCCUCGAGUACAGCCCGGUGCACUACAUCAACCAGUCCAUCUCACAGGACGAGCUGUUUGCCAUCUACAACGUUGCCGACGUGUGUUUAGUUACGUCUGUGAGGGACGGCAUGAACCUCGUGUCGCACGAGUAUGUGGCAGCGCAGAGCGAGCCUCGGCAUCCGCUCACCGUCACAGGCGACGGCGGUGCUCCCGCCACGAGAGUCAAUGAUGACGGCCCCGGCGUCCUUAUCCUUAGCGAGUUCGCCGGCAGCGCCCAGUCUCUGAGCGGAGCGCUGGCGUUGAGCCGCGUCGAGAGAGAGCUCCGGCAGCACAAGCUCUACCGGUACGUGGUGGUGCACACGGCGGCGUUCUGGGCCAAGUCUUUCAUGCACGAGUUCCGCGAGGUCUGCGACGGCCAGCAGGAGUCGACGCGAAAGCUCCCGACGCUUCCGAUCAAGGAGGUUUUGGAGGCGUACAAGAAAGCAAAGAACCGACUCAUCAUCAGCGACUACGACGGCACGCUCACGACGCUGCAGUCCCUCCCGCAGCUCGCGGGCCCCCCCGCGGUGGUUACGAACUUCCUGGAUUCGCUCUGCCGGGACUACAAGAACAGGCUGUUCAUCAUCUCGGGAAGGGAGCGGAGAUUCAUGGACACCUGGCUUGGCAAGCUUCGUGCGGGGCUCGCGGCGGAGUAUGGAUUCUACUACCGGCUCCCCGAGGCGACCCAGUGGCAGUGCAGCGGGCAGGACCUGGACCUUAGCUGGAAGGACGUGGUCCGGCCCAUCAUGCAGUACUUCACCGAGCGGACGCCCGGCACGUACAUCGAGAACAAGGAGUCGAGCUUGACGUGGCACUACCGGGAUGCGGAUCCGCACUUCGGUCUGUGGCAGGCGAAGGACAUGCAGAUACACAUGGAGGACGUGUUGAGCAAUCUCCCCCUCGAGAUCCUGCAGGGUAACCGCAUGGUCGAGGUUAGGCACCAGGCGGCGAACAAGAGCAUGGUCGCGGAGGAAGUGCUCAAGCUACUGUCCACGGAGCAGUCGGUGAGGCAGAGGGGCGAGGUGGACUUCAUCCUGUGCGUGGGAGACGAUCGGAGCGACGAGGACAUGUUCCAGACCGUGAAGAGGUUCAGGGACCUAGCGAAGGAGGCUCCGACACCGGUGUUGUCGGAGGACGAGGAUGGUAUGCCAUUUUCGGACGGCCCGCCAGGUUCAGGAGAAAUGGACCAGGGUGUUGGGUCGGGCUCUGUGGCGUCCUCGGGGCAGGGUAUGGCGAUGGUCGGUGUCAACCGCAAGAUGGCGGGCAACGCGGCGGUGUACACCGUGCACAUCGGUCUCGAGCACAGCCACGCGGAUUACUACCUCGAGAACCUACGAAAGCUGCGCGAGCUCCUCAUGAAGUUCGACGAGAUGAGCACGGAGGAGCGCGGAGGCGGCGGCGGCGGCGGCGGCGGCGGCGAGUCGACGGGAGUACCGCGGCGAGCGUCGGCGGUAGGGCCGUCGGGAGGUGGGGGGUUGGGCCUAGGGCUUGGGCUAGGGCUGGGCGCGGACAACGGUGGUGAUGACGGGGGGCCUUCAGCAGCAGCACCAGGAGUCAAGAAGGGGGAUGGCGGCGGCGGCGGCGGCGGCGGCGGCGGCGGGGGGAAAGGAAGCAACCUGCCAUCGCCGCGAAGGAAUACUUGCCCGUCGCCUUCGACGCCCGCUCCUGGUGCUUUACGGUAG